GUACAUGAUUCUCAUCCCUCCAGUAAAAAAAGGCGCGUGCGCGCAAUCGAAGAUUAAUUACUAAAUAAAAAACAACAUUUCAAAAGAAUGUAAAAAAGUGCGACUAAAAUUGUGUGUUUACAACUGAAAUUAAAUUUUUAAAGUCCUUAAAGUGGAUUGAACUUUUCUGGAAGGUGUGAACCUGGAAAAAAGUUGCGCGAUGUCGCGUGGUUGUGAUAAAACGAGCGUGUGAAUUUCUGCAUGGAACGGGUUAAGAAAAUUUGCAUUCGAUGACUACGAAGGUAGUUCAGUGACUUUUGUCGAUUUCCUGGCAAGAAAAGAAAAGAUAAAGGAUGGGGAUUCCGAUUUUCAUCUUUUAUGGUUUAUUCACCGUUUCUUUGGCAUUAUAUUUCCCGCAAUCGGAUUUCAUGCUGAGGAUACCCUACUUGGCUAAGAAUGGAGUAGGUCUGAGCUCUGAUAUGAAAUUAAUUACGGUUAGAGCUCUUCGAAAUGAUUCCACGAGUCCUAAAGAUCCAAAAUACCAAAUAGUUCUACCACGUGAAAAAAUAGCGUCUCUUGAUUCGGAAACAGGAAGUGUUGUCUUGCACACAUUACCCAAAGAGGGAACUGGAAGUGCUAUUAUCGUUCAAGGGAAGGAACGAAGUGGAGAGGGUGCAUCUUUAGAGAUUAAAGUUGAACCAGUUCUUGUUGAAAAUGGCAUGAUAAAUUGCACAGAUUAUUUAGAGGACAUGUGCUACUGGCAUGAAACCAAGUAUCGAAUAUACGAAAAUCAACCAAUCACAAUGCUUGGAAGCUUCGGACCAGAAAUUUACAAAGGGAUAUGUCCCGAUUUUCAUGUCACUCGAUACGAAUUACUAAAUGGAACACAAUUUUUCCACGUGGAAGGAAAUGUAAUUUUUUCCAAUGCAUCUCUGGAUCGAGAUUCUAAACACACUGCCAGAGGCACUGGAGCUCACGUAGACGUCGAAGUACGUUGUGUAAUUUGGGAAAGACAGACUGGGUUUCAACAUGCUAUGGAAAGGACAAUUGGAAUUGACAUUCUGGAUCAGGACGAUAAUCCUCCAGUUGACCAACUCAAAGGCAGUCUCGAAAUUCAGUUGACAGACUUCACUCUUGGUGACAGGCUAGAUAAAAACGAACUGAUGGUGAAAGAUGCGGAUGCAAUAAGCAGUAAUCGAUACACGGUACAGAUUCUGGGGGAUAUUUAUCAUGCCUUCAAUAUAACAUAUGACACGCUCCCUGUAGAUAUACGGACGGAUGUUCCACCAUCGACAGCGAUUUACACAAGGAUAUAUUCUAGAACAACUCUCUUGCCAAAAUCACCAUAUAAAGUCAUUCUUCAAGUAAAGGAUGAAUCCCUUCAACCAGGAUACGGAGACAAUUCGGUCAACAUAACGUUAAUUUUUGUUGGACCCCAACAUCAUACUACAACAUCAACGACGUCUUUUCCUGUUCGACAACAGAUUUUAUAUCCUGAAAGUACUAAAAUCGCACGUAUAUCUCCCCAAUAUUUACGAGUUGCCCAGCCUUCGAGAAAGCCUAGUCCGGGGACUUUAUUCAGUCUCUCUGGAUCAAAAGCUUUCAAUAUUACUCGUAAGGGUGGCAUAGUUUACGUCUCAAGUCCAAACCAUCUUCAAACUCAACCAUCUACAUUUCUCUUAAAAAUAGAAUGGAGAACAGCAGAUAAUAGUUUUUCCUCUACCCAAAUAACAAUCCAUUUAUUUGACGUUAAUUCGCGACGAAUUGGCGAACCCUGUGGUACAAAUCAAACGACGAAUAUGCAUUCUUGUGCAAAUGCUAAAUCUAAAAAGGAAUGUGAAACCAGGUGUGGAGUUGGUAGUGGUUUGCUCAAAAAUAAUGCUUACACUGACGAAUGCACCUGGAGACUGAACAAUGCAAACAGCCCUGGGGCCACAAUGACCGAAAGAUACGAAACUUGCUCACCGGACUUGAAUUUCUGUCCUGAUCACAUUUGUGACGAACUAGAAGUUCUUGAUCAUCGAAUUUGCCCCCAGGACUGCACUAUUGAAUCGGAAGUGCACUUUGCAGAAGUGAACAAGGGUGGUAGAGGAAUAAGAAGUGGUUUAGGGAUUUGCUGGUGCAAUGACAUGGUGCAAUGCACCUGCGGCUCCUUCCCGAAAGGAAAUGGUGGCCGAGGCGGAAGUGGUGGCUGGAAAGAGGAAAAAGAGGGCCCCAAGUAUAAGAAGGACCGUGAUAUAACGCCUGUUGUUUCGGACGCUCGUAAAGCCUCAAAUGGGCCUUGCGGUCCAACAUGUUUGAUUGGAGUUGUGGGCUCAAGCUUUUUCGUCUUGAUCAUAAUCGUUGGGACUUUCGUGAUGUGGAGGUACAGAAUGGCAAUGAAAGGAUCGCGUCGAGAUUGCAAACACAGAAGAGAAAACGGUACAACUGGUUUGGGCAUUUUACCCUCGGAUUACAUCGACAGGGGAGAUGGACUUCUGAUUGGUCUCGAUUCACUCGCGGGUGUAAAUCGCACUCUUCUGAUCCCAAAAAGCUCUCCACCUGAUCCAAAAUGGGAAUUCCCUAGAACUCGUUUGACCAUAGAGCAAGUACUGGGUGAGGGUGAAUUUGGAAGGGUUUUGCGAGCCAAAGCAAUGGAUAUUAGUGGCUGGACAGGGUUGACAACCGUGGCUGUAAAAACCCUAAAGGAAGAUGCUUGUGCAUCCGAAUUGGCUGAUUUGCUCUCAGAAUAUCAGCUCCUGAAAGAAGUCCAGCAUCCAAAUGUCAUUCGACUCUUGGGAGCCUGCACCUCACCCGACGGCCCUGUAUAUCUCAUCAUCGAAUUUGCUGAGUUUGGUUCACUAAGGAAUUAUUUGAGGCGCAGUCGACACUUAGAAUCCGAAGGAAGAGUUCCAUGUUCGACUUCAUUGCUUUCGUCGUCACCAAAUAAUAUAACUCAAGAAUUACAAACAGCCGAUUCUACAUCAAAUUAUGCUAUUACUCCUAGAGAUAUUUUAUCAUUUGCCUGGCAAAUCAGCAAAGGGAUGGCAUAUCUCGCUGAUAUCAAGUUGGUGCAUAGAGAUCUUGCAGCAAGAAAUGUUUUGCUGGCUGCUGGUAAAGUUUGUAAGAUUUCUGAUUUUGGACUGACUCGUGAUGUUUAUGAAGACGACGCUUAUUUGAAACGAAGCAAAGGACGAGUACCUGUGAAGUGGAUGGCACCAGAGUCCUUAGCUGAUCACGUUUACACGAGUAAAUCCGACGUGUGGAGCUUUGGGGUGCUCCUUUGGGAAUUAGUAACUCUAGGCGCCUCGCCUUAUCCUGGAGUGGAUGUGCAUAAUCUUUACAAUCUUCUCAAAGCUGGAUACCGAAUGGAAAGACCAGCAAAUUGUUCGCCUCAACUAUACAAAUUGAUGGUUUCCUGUUGGCACGAAGAAGCCGGAAUGAGGCCUUCAUUUAAAGAACUCACAUUCCAAUGGGAACGUAUGUUGGAGGAUGGAGUCGAAUACUUGGAUUUAAAUCCACGAACCGUCCAUAAUCAAGCAUAUUUUGCCUCUUUACAUGCCCUGGACAGUCCUACUAGUAAGCCAAAUUCGAGUAACGACGCUAUUCCAGAAGGAACUUCGACCUCAAGAGCUUUGGGUUCAAACGCAGUUAACUAUUUGAGCAAACCGUCCUUCGAGCCAGUUGCAAAGAGCGAUAAAGUCGACAAAUUGCAUACUCUUUGGCAAAGUCCAAUCGCUUCAUUUCCGGAAGAAUACAUGAAAUCUCCAUACGAGAAUGAUCGACCCACGAGUAUGAAUAUCAAUCACUACGAAAGUCCUAUAAAAUUUAGAAAUUCCAGCGUCACCAGCAAUAGUGAAAAUGAACUGACAACUCCAACGAAUGAAAGGCCUCAAUCUUACAUCGACAUGCAAGGGAGAAAAAGUGUCGAUCAAGAAGAUCUUCUUUUCUUCAACAAUAUCGAAAAUAAACUUAAAGAAUCCAAGGAAGAAGACAGUGUCUGAAUAAUCCAGGCAAGUUUCUGGAAAUAGAAAUUCUAGGGUUGAAUUAUUCCCAAAAUUAAUGCUGCAAGUUAGCAGAUUACAAGUUAUGCAGAAAAUCACUUCCGAAAUAACUCAAGAAUGGAGAAAAAGAAACAACAGUUUUAAUUAAAAAUGAUUAGAUAAGUUUCUGUUAGGCAAAACAUUUUUCUGAAGAAUGUUAAUCUAAUAAAAUGGUACGAAUUUUUUUUGUCAGUGAAGGCGAACCGCAAAUUAUUCACGGAAUCGCAAUAAUUGGGGAAAAUUAGAGGAAAUGAAGAAUGUAAAUAUAAGAUGUAAUUUACCCGAUGAAUCUAAGUCAAGUUUUAACCAGUCGUGAUAGAAAUGUGAGUAGGACCAAAGACGAACAAAGUGCAGGAAACCAAAGGCAUUAUCUGAUAAUCUACAAUAUUUUUAUGUAAAAAGUAUCGUUAUCUAAUACAAAUAAGUCUAGUAGUAAAUUUAAAAAAUAAUCCGUGAGCAUAGGAUCAUCUGCAGCCUUAACUCUAUAAUAAUGGCGCGACUUUUGCAGAAUUUCGACCUUCUGCACUUAAAUAAAAUAAGCAUAAAGUAAUAUCGGAAACUCGUAUUGUUGAAAUUUGUUUACAGCUUUUAAUUUGUUGAACUCUAUUUAUUAUACGAAUUUGUAAUUUUAUAUAAAGCAGAGUUUG